AGAUUUUCGCAUAAUUAGAGUGGUAAUAAAUAAUUAGUAUAAUUUAGCCGUGAAAUGGCAGGCGCCAGCGAGGACGAAAAUAUGACUCCAAAAAAAAUUUGUGUUCGAAGUUUAUGUUGUUGUCUUUGUGGAAGUUCGUAUCAAAGCCGUUAUAUGACACGAAUAUUCGGAAAAAGUGGUAUCGAGAAUGAUUUAUGUGCGAAAAUUGUUAGUACUUGUGGAGUUACGAUUCGCAAUGACGACUAUUCAAGUUCGAAGUUAAUUUGCAGAAACUGCGAAGCGUUUAUUUCGAAAAUGGUCGACUUUAGGAAGAAGUGCCAAAGCAUGCAAGUUGUGGAGGAACAAUCUUGUUCAGUAAAACGUUGUAUUGAGAUUUCUCCGUCGUGUAAGCAGCCAUCGAAACGAUCAGCGCAACCUAAACAGGCGGCGCCGUGCACUGCAGCAAAGACGCUGAUUUUUCAAAGUGAAACUGCACCAGUAAAACCAGCUCCCACGCAGUUUAUUCUACCAAUGCCUGAGGAAGGGACUAACUUGCAGCAACUAUUUGAGACUCAUGACCUUCCGUUGACCGAAAUUCAGAAUAAGAAAAUAAUUCUAGCUGCAAACACGAAGCAGCCAGUUGUCGUCGCGGGAACCAUAGCUAAGGCCCGUUUCAUACGUCGCACUAUCGUCGAAUUUAAUUCAGACGAAUUUAAUUGAUCCAAUUAAAUGCGACGGUAGUGCGUCGCAUGAAACGAAUUAAAUCCGUCUGAUGAAUUAAAUUCGUCCAAGACGUUUUAUCCGUCAUGGUCAGACGGAUACAACGUCUGUAGCGCGUCUUCGUUUCAUACGACGUCGUAUCGUCGCGUCGAAUUAAAUGCAUAAAUUAUGUUAACUUAUAUUUCCGAGCCCGUAGUUCAUAUUUUAGCGACUUCUACUUACUGGACAUGCGUAGUACGUGAUUUUCCUCAUUCGGGCGGGAAAUUAAUGCGCGAAAUAUACUGUAGUGCACCAAAAGAACAAUGAAUUCAUGUAAAAAUUGUGGUGAAAUCACGAAAUAUGAUUGUAUUUCAUGUGCUAAAUAUGUAUGUUUACGUCCGCAAUGCUCUGUUGCUGAACCAAACGAAUAUGUACCUGGUUGGCAAGAAUUCAAGAGUGUUUCCUACUGUAUGUCUUGUAAACCUGACCUCGAACCUGACCACUUUGACCAGGAUUCAAGUAACAAAGAAAGUGAUUGCAGAAAAUCUAAAUGUUCAAGCAGUUCUACGACCUCUACCCCACGAUCACUAAGCCCGUUUAGUUUAAAUGGAAAUGGCGAGUCAGGAACAGAAGGUGAAACAAGCGAUAGUGACUCUGAUAGUCAAUCGGGCAGGAGUGUCAAACCUAUCAAACCUAGAAGGAAAUCUGGCAGAGAAGCGAUGUGGCAGGAUAGUCAGAUCACGGAUAUGGUGGACAUGAUUGUAAACGACGAUGAGCUGGUACGUAAACUUGUAUUUACCAAUGUGAAAAAAAGAAAAAAUAGCGAUGCUUACCAAAAAAAUUUGCCUAAGUUAAACCAGAAGUGUCAGGAUGCAUUUGGAAAAGAUUUCCCCUUUACAGUGCAACAGAUGAGGAAUAAAUUAAAAUGGUGCAUAAGCACUUGCAAGAAAAUUUGUCUAACAAUCAAAUCAGCAUCAGGAGUUAAAUGUUUCGUUGAGAGCAAAGGAUAUGGGAACUGGUUUAAUGUACUGUAUCCCCUCGUUAAGACAAGGGACUCUUGUAAACCAGAAAAUGCCAUAGAACCUUCUGCUAAACUUGAUGAUGGUAAAGAGAGUGGGUCUGAGGAUUCUGCUAGCAAGGUUGAGAGAGACAAGGAAAUGUUUGUGCCUGUGAAAAAAAAUUCUGCUAAGCGACCAAAAACUGAUGUUAUCGCCAGCUCUCUUGAAUUAUUGCAAAAUACAAUUAAGAAUGAUCCAACUAAAGAAUUGCUGCAAAUUCUCAAAGAUGACAUGCAGCAUUCAAGAGAGCAAGAAAUGAAGCAGUUCGACUUGUUGUGUGGUUUGAUACGAUCGAACCAAUGCCAGCAGGUGCCAUUCACUAGUAAUCCUUAUAGUAAUGCACAAGGUAUACAUGCACAACAACAGUCACAUAUGCCAUUUCCUCAACAUAAUGUCCAAG